AUGGUAGGCAUCUACUCGCAUCAGGUCUACCCACCCAUUCCCGCAAAUGUGCCCAUGCAACAAAUGGGAGCCAUGCAGCAACCAAUGCCACCACCAAUUAAACCUGGUGCUGUAUCCACUCACACUCGGGGAUCGACCCGAUGCUACAUCUGCAGCUGGUCUAUAAUGCAGUGCUCGGACUUCAACUGCUAUAAUAACCCCGACAUUUGCACAAACAAUAACUUCAGCCCCAGUCUCGUACAACAGGCCGACUGCCCGUCCGGUUGCGAACAGUUUGUCAUAACCGACCCAAACGGAAUUGUGCAGCAAUGGAGGCGUAAUUGUGCUCCGGGUCUGUUGAUAUAA